AUGGAUACAUCCACCAUCGCUGUGAGUCGCUGCAAACGAUUUUCAUCAAAAUUUGGAUCUGCAGCAUCGCCGUUGACAGCAUCUCGCGUGGAUGUCAAGAAGUUUUCUUCUGGUGCUUGGACCGCAAAGUCCUCAGCUUUCUCUCGUGAUAUGCAUCAAUUAGACAAGCAGUAUUAUUAUCAAGCAAUUGAAUUCAGUGUUCCCAUAAUGGACACUUAUACAUUCACUAGUAAAAGUCUAAUCAAUACGUAUGGUUCUAUCUACGAUGAUAGUUUCAAUUCUUCUGAUCCUACUUUAAAUCUGAUUUCACAAGAUAAUGGCAGCAAUAACAAAGGACAAUUCAAAAUGAAUGCUUUUCUUCAGCCUGGCCACAAAUAUAUAUUGGUUGCAACAACCUUUAGUCCAAAAGCGGUCGGAAAGUUUUUAAUUGUUUAUUCCGGUCCAGCUGCCAUCAAAGUUCGUUCUCAAAAUCAACCAAGAUUAGCUUCUGGUGAAAGAGAACUUUCCGGUGCAACUCGUGCUACUUCAAUAUUCAUAACAUCGUUAUCAUCCAGUAGUCAAUCAUAUAAUCGGCCGAGUGGUGAAGAAGGCCUAAUGUACUACUUUCAGGCUAUUCAAGUCACUGUAUCUACAGCUGGUAGUUACAUGUUCGAAAGCAGCAGUAGUAUCGACACCAUAGGAUAUUUCUACAAUACUUAUUUUGAUCCAUCCAAUCCUAUGGUCAAUUUAAUCACCGAUAACGAUGAUGAUGGCUUAGAGGUGUUUCAAUUUCGUAUUCAAGUUUACCUUCAAACUGGAAUACCCUAUGUUCUCGUAGCCACCACUCAUGUAAGUGCUGAUCAAGGAAGUUUAUCAGUAUCCGCUACCGGACCAGGCUCCGCCAGUCUCACGUCAAUCACACCAACAACAAGUAUACCAAUAAUAACAUUGUCUACUGCUCCACCAAUGUCAUCAUCGUAUUCCGGUGCACUCUCAUCGGCUAGUCCUGUUUUCGUUCGACCUGAAGGUGACCCAGAUGAGUUCUAUUACUUUCAAGCAAUACAAGUCACUGUGCCUAUGGCUGGUUCUUACGUUUUCAGAAGUGAAAGUGACCUGGACACUAUGGGCUACUUUUAUGAUUUUUCAUUUGACCCAUCUAAUCCAUCGACGAAUUUGAUCACCGAUGAUGAUGAUAAUGGUCAUAGCCUACAGUUUCGUAUCCAAGUUUAUCUUCAAACUGGACGCACAUAUAUCCUCGUGGUUACAACGCAUAGUGAAUCUGAACAGGGAAGUUUUUUGGUGUCAGCAUUCGGUCCAGCCACAGUCAGUUUGAUAUCUUUCACACCAUCAACUAGUCGACCAAUAACAACACAAUCUACUGUACCUCCGAUAUCAUCAACAUAUUCAGGUUCGCUAUCAACAACUAGUCCAAUGUUCAGUCGGCCAGAUGGUGACAAUGAGUUCUUUUACUUCCAGGCUAUACAAGUGAGCGUAUCUGUAUCUGGAAGUUACAUUUUUCAAAGUAAUAGUACAUUCGACACCAUGGGCUUCUUUUAUGGUGUGUCUUUCGAUCCAUCAGUACCACUUACAAAUUUACUCAUUGAUGAUGAUGACGAUGGUGACAUUAUUUUUCAAUUUCGAAUUCAAGUUUCUCUGCGAGCCGGAAAUACAUACAUUCUCGUGGUCACAUCGCAUCGGGAAUAUGAAAAAGGAGACUUUUCUAUCAAAACGGCUGGUCCAUCUAACGUUGGAUUGACAUCGAUCACACCUUCAACAAGCCGACCCAUAGCAAUACCAACUACAAGACCUGUUGUUUUGUCAGUCUAUUCUGGUUCAUUAUCGUCAAGCAGUUCAGUAUUUUACCGACCUGAAGGAGAUACUGAUAAAUACUACUACUUCCGCGCUUUACGAGUGACGGUACCAGCAGCUGGUAAUUAUAUGUUUGAAAGUGAGAGUAUCAUGGAUACUAUGGCCUAUUUCUAUGGUACUUCAUUUGAUCCAUCUUCUCCUCUGACAAACUUAAUCGCCGAAGAUGAUGAUGAUGGUGGCACUGCAUUACAAUUUCGUCUUCAAAUUUAUCUUCAACCCGGACUCACAUACAUUCUUGUGGUCACAACACACAGACCAUACGCUUCAGGAAAUUUCAGAGUUAAAGCUACCGGUCUAGCAACCGUCAGUUUGACGUUCAUCACGCCAUCCACGAGCCGUCCAAUACUUACCCCGACUACGCCAACAUCAGCUACACAAUCAACAUAUACGGGAGCACUUUCAGCUAACAGUGCAAUUUUUUAUCGACCUGACGGUGGUUCAAAUGAGUACUAUUAUUUUCAGGCUAUACAAGUCACGAUCUCGACAGCUGGUUUUUACACGUUCAAAAGCAACAGUACAAUCGAUACUAGAGGCUACUUUUACCAGAAUUCUUUUGAUCCAUCAAAUUCAGCAGCGAACUUAGUUACUAGUGAUGAUGAUGGUGGCGGUUCCUUCCAAUUUCGUAUUCAAGUUUAUCUUGAGACCUUACGCACAUACAUACUCGUAGUGACAACGCAUAGAGCGUAUAUUACUGGAGAUUUCUCUGUCUCUGCAAAUGGCCCAGCCCCACUCAAUCUUAUAUCGAUCACACCAGUAACGAGUCGACCAAUAACAACAUUAUCUACAGCGCCAUCAGUAUCAUCUUCAUAUGCCGGUGAAUUCUCUUCCAGUAGCUUAAUAUUCUAUCGACCUGAUGGCAAUGCAAACAGUUACUAUUAUUUUGUAGCUCUUCAAAUCACUGUGUCAACAGCAGGCACUUACAUUUUUACAAGUAAUAGUACUGUCGAUACCAUGGGCUAUUUCUAUGGCGAUUCCUUCGAUCCAUCUCAACCAUUGACAAAUUUAAUUACUAGAAAUGACGAUGGAGGAAUUUCGUUACAGUUUCGCAUCGAAACCUUCCUGGAAACGGGUCGAACAUACAUCCUGGCAGUCACAACUCAUAGAGAACGUAUUAUGGGAACUUUCACAGCUUUUGCGAGGGGUAUUACGUCCGCUACUCUAACGCCAAUCACACCAUCAACUAGUCGACCAAUAACAACACGAGCUACGACAACGCCUUUGCCAUCAUCUUAUGCAAGUUCAUUAUCGUCAAAUAGUCCAUUUUUUACACGACCAGAAGCUACCGCUGGACGACGGUACUUUUAUCAAGCAAUUGAAGUUACGAUACCUACAACGGGUACCUACAGUUUCAAGAGCGAUAGUGCCAUUGACGUUAUUGGCUACUUUUAUCAGAUUUAUUUCGACCCAUCUAAUCCAACAAUAAACUUGAUUACCAAAGAGGAUGAUAAUGGUGGCUCCUUACAGUUUUUGAUUCAAUUGUUUUUGCAAGCUGGAAGAAGAUACUUUCUAGUUGUCUCAACGCAUGCAGAGUCUAAUACAGGAAGUUUUUCAAUCAGAGUAGGAGGUCCAGCAAUUGCUGUUCUUGCAUCGUUCACGCCGACAACAACUCGAUCAUCAACAACAGUAAUUACGGUGCCUUCAGUGUUAUCAACGUAUAUGAGUGCACUAUGGCCGGCAAAUCUGAAAUUUAAUCGACCCAAUGGUGAUAAAAGAGAUUAUUAUUACUAUGAUGCCAUUCAAAUCACUGUGUACACUUCCGGCGCUUACACUUUCACAAGCAAAUCGUAUUUUGGUGCUGUUGGUUAUCUUUACGAGUCGUCAUUCGAUCCAUCGAAUCCAUCGAAUAAUUUGAUACAUUUUGGUGAUGUUGUUGGUAUUAACGGAGAGUUUGAAAUCGAUGUUUCUCUCUCAAAUGAUCGUACAUAUAUAUUAGUUGUCACAUCAUCCCAACCAUUACGUACGGGAGUUUUUUGGAUAUGGGGACGUGGUCGAGCUUCCCUCACUCUUACAUCAAGCGCAUCAUCUAGUGGUGAUUCAACUCCGUCUCCGGUUACUACUACCGAACCAUUAGUUACAACUCUCAAAUCAUCUGCAUCAAUUAAAACAAACACAAUAACAACAACAAUUACGUGUAUGGCGAUCAUGCUGGUACUGCAAAUGUGUCAACAACGUCUCUUCUAA